AUGCCUCCCAAAGCCGCCGAGAAGAAGCCCAGCACCGCAGGCAAGGCUCCAGUUGGAGGCAAAGCCCCCGCCGAGAAGAAAGAGGCUGGCAAGAAGACUGCCGCUGCUGCUGGUGGUGAUAAGAAGAAGCGCACCAAGACCAGAAAGGAAACCUACUCCUCCUACAUCUACAAAGUUCUGAAGCAAGUCCACCCUGAUACUGGUAUCUCAAACCGUGCCAUGUCCAUCCUCAACUCUUUCGUCAACGACAUUUUCGAGCGUGUGGCCACUGAAGCCUCCAAGCUCGCUGCCUACAACAAGAAAUCCACCAUCUCUUCCAGAGAAAUUCAGACCUCUGUGAGACUUAUCCUCCCCGGUGAACUGGCAAAACACGCCGUCUCCGAAGGCACAAAGGCCGUCACCAAGUACUCUUCAUCCGCCAAAUAA